UGCUUCUAAAAACUGGAGUGAUCGGUGCUGCAAACACAGUCACUGUAGUGCUGGGUCGGAGUCCUAAAAUAGUGUCUAAAGCAAAGAACUAAAAGGACAGAUACUAAUGCUAUAAGAGUUUCUUUACUCAAAGUGUACAAUAAAUGAUAGCACUCAUCAUUUGCUAGCACCAAAAGGUAGAAAGUGCUUAGAAGCCUUUAUUAAAUAUAAUUACAAGGAGUUGGACAUUGUUUUAACUGGCAGUUUGGCUAGGUUUUGUCAGUGUUUGGUUUCAAAACGAAUAUGAUGGAUCCUCCUGAAAUGGGUUGAUUUAAAUGAAGCAAUUGUCCCUGGAGCAAGUAUUGGUCCAGUUCUAGAAUACAGCUCUUUUAAUUUUACCUCUCAAUCUACUUUCAGGAAUAAUACUAGAUGCUGUGCAAGAUGAGACGUGUGUAACCUGUUGGCAGCAUUGACUUACCUCUUUUUAUUAACCCAUAUGUUAUUAGUUCACUCCUGCUGUUGUACUCAAGAUUAUCAACUAGGAAUCCAGCUCUCCUUCAGAGGGUACUCUUGGUUUAUACAAAUAUACAGGAGAGAAGAAUCAGGCUCAGUAGUCUCCUCUUAAAAUUAAUUUAAUGUUGAAAACUUUAAAAGUUAGUGAUAAGUAAGUGUCGCAAGCAACUGAUAGAACAGACUUGCUGAGUGGCAGGAAUUGAGUUCUAACUGCGUGAUUCUCAAAGCCUUUGAUGCUGAGGGUAUGUCCACACAGCACACUAAGCCUGGGCUCUGACUCGGGUUUGAGCCCAAACCCUAUUUCCGUCCGGAACACACAUCGGUCUGACCAGGGUCCUAACACUCUAAUAGCAAGGUGGGUGAGAGCCCGAGUCCUGCAGUGACUUGGGGCCAUUUUGCAAUUUUUCAGUGUGGACGAGGUUUAAAAUGAAGAAGCUUGGACACUCAAGACUAGGCUUGGAAACAGAGUCCACAAGCCCAGGUCUCACAGAUUCAGGUUUACAAUGCAGUGUAGACACAGCCUGUGAGGGCUCAGCCGGGCAAAUCUCUGCUCUUGGGCUUUUAGUCAUGGAUAUCAAGAAGCUGAGUGGUGUUGAGGCCCAUAUAAAUGCCUUCAAGAGAGGUAGGAAUUUGAAACAGGGUUGACAAUAUCUAUUUAAAAAGCUAUGUGGUUUCUGUGAAGUAGCAUAAGAUGGUCCUUCACUUAUCCUAUACAGUGAUAUUGGAGCUAGCAUUUUAAUGCAUAGGAUGUUUACCCAUCAUGAUUUUAUCAGCACUGGUGAGUUUUAGUGCAAGCAGGUUUGAAGUGGAGUAAAAAUUCCACCCCUCUAAUCGAAGAAAUCCGUGUGUGUGGGGGUAGUGACAGCAGGGAAGUCACCAAGAUACUUAAUGAAGUGUGAAUGCCAUCCUUUCUGAAGUUGAAAAUAACAUCUGGAUGCAGGCAUUGCUUGAAUCCAACUGCACAGGACAUAAGUAAACACAAACGUUUCUAUGAAUUAUGUGCUCAUUAUUUCAGCAGUUUGAGGAAAGAUUAUGCCAUUGCCUUUUCAUAUUCUGGCUUCCUGUGUGCUUAGGCUUUUGCCAUUUUCAUCAUGUCUUUAGAGUAAAUUUGAUAGGCACAGGAUGUUGCAAUAAAUCGGAUAUUGAACCAACAGUCAAUUAAAAAAAAAAAUGAACUUAGUUUCUAGGAAAGAUGCAUCACAUCUUCUCACAGGAAUCGUACCAUAUGUCCUAAUAUCAGUGGAACAAUAGAUUCAAUUAUUGGCUUCUGGUGGUGUCUUGCAGACAUAAUAGCAAAAUAGAAUUUUUGCUAUGUUCUGAGCAAAAAUUGUAUUACUGGCACAUUAAAACUGUUCUCUCCUCCCCCCCCACCCCCCGGCAAAAAAAAAGUCAUUUUUUUCAUGGCUACUCCUUUAGUGUAUUUAUGGUGUAUGAGUCACCAGGCUUUCUUCUGAUUGGAUGAAAAUUAAACACCCCUGGGACUGUCAGUCAGUUAUAGCCAUUCUCAGCUUCAUUCACAGAUUUAUUAGCUUGCACACAGAGAAAUUCAUUCAGAAAACUUCAUUCACAAAAACGGCAGCACUCUCUUCAGAAUUUUGAACAGAAAAAUUCUGCUGUAACCUGGCUUUUAAGGAAAAGCUAGAAAUGACUCAAGGGCUGACAAAGAAGCUGCACAAAGAUGAUGAUGAUGAGUCUGGAGAUUUGAAGUAAAAUUGUGCUGGACCAUACAAAUAUUGAGCGUAUUUCUAGAUUGCGAUGCUGAAUGACUUUAAAAACAAGAAUUAGCAAGAUUUGUAUUAAGAACUGCUGACUACAUUCAGAGAAUUAUUUUGCAUGUUUUUUAAAAUCAUAUUGUGUGAAUAAAGAAUGUGCAAAUUGCAGAACCAUGAUUUUUCUUUCCAGUUGCGCAGCUGAAUACAAAAUGCUAAGAACAGGGCUUGUAAGGUAUCUCUUUGGGUUCCUGCUAAUCUAAAAUUGCUUUUGAGAUUCUCUCGAUCUUGUAUUGCUUUCUGUGGAAUAUUUUUUUUAGUCUUUUCUGCAGCCGAGGGUUCGCAGUUAAUGAUGCAGGCUAUAACAGUGAGUGUUCAAAGCUGAGAAUGAUUUAGAGGCUUGCUUGCUUGUGGCAGAAGUGAUUUUAGAUAUGGAUAGCAUCUCUUCAGAUUAACCUGCUGUAGCAUUGUUAUACCUGUGUGUAUGUUUCCUUUAGCAUAACUUACAGAUGACCAUGCAGACUUAAGCUAUGUUUAUUAAGAAAAAUAAGCCACGUGUGAAGCAGCCAACAAAAAAUAUCCAAUUGGUGUCUGUUUUUAAAAUAGUUUGAAUUGCUUAAUUUCCAUGUCAUUUACCUACAAGAAGAAAGCCAAUUUAUGCAACAGUAUCCAGUUACAGAACUUCCAAGGCUAUGAGAGAACGCAGUCAGCACAGUCUCAGUGGACACGUACUGUAUGUAGGACGAUUUAGACACCCAGGAAUGCUUCACAGGGCUAAAUACAGUCGCUUUAGGGAUGAAUUUAUAACAUCAUUAGAGGAAGGUACACAAAGUAGUUCUUUAAAUAUCAAAGGCUCCUCUUCAUCUUCUCAUUCCUCAACACCUCAUUUACCAGUUGAGGAUGUCACCUUGGGGACACAGGACAGCUCCACCACUUGGUGCACUUUGAUCCCCCGAAUGGCUAAUAUUAAAUUAUCCAAUCCAUCUAAUCUGCCUGGUUUUAAAAACUUCUGUCUGGGGACAAAAGAGGUGCCAAGAAUUAAACUCACAGAGUGUGUUACAGUUCCAAGCAGCCCAACCUCACCAGAAAUCAGUUUAAUCAGCUGCCUGCCUACUUCUUAUCCACGGCAGGACCCGGACAAACUCGAUGUAAAUACAAAACCUCAAGAUGACUGCAUCUUGCUGGGCUUUGAGUCUGCCCCUCUAAGCAAACAGGACAAACCUCCGGUGCAGAGCGGAGGGGACAUUGUGAAGACUGGCAUGACCUACUGUGUACGAACAGAGGCUUUCAUUCAGGAAGAGACAGUCAUGUGGCUAACUCACCUGAAGAACGUGCAACUGUACUGUAUUUGCUUUUUUUUGUCCCUGUUGCUGCCUGAUUGCGUACUUCCAGUUCCAAAUGAGUACAUGGGCUGUAUAGAAGUGUUGCAGUCAAUGAGGUCUCUGGACUUUGGCACCAGGACACAAGUCACCAGGGAAGCAAUAAGCCGACUGUGCGAAGCUGUAUCAGGAACAAAUGGAGCUAUAAAAAAACGGAAGCCUCCAGUUAAAUUUCUGUCUUCUGUGCUUGGCAAAAGUAACCUUCAGUUUUCUGGCAUGAAUAUAAAACUGAUCAUCUCCAUGAGCAGCCUUACUUUGAUGAAUGUUGAUACCCAGCAGAUUAUUGCCAACCACCACAUGCAGUCCAUCUCAUUUGCCUCUGGAGGUGAUCCAGAUACAACAGACUAUGUUGCAUAUGUAGCUAAAGAUCCUGUUAAUCAGCGAGCAUGCCAUAUAUUGGAAUGUCCCAACGGAAUGGCUCAGGAUGUAAUAAAUACCAUAGGGCAGGCUUUUGAGCUCCGAUUCAAGCAAUACUUGAAGAAUCCUUCUACUCCGAUUACUUCCAAUGAAAGUGAAAUGAUGAAUCUUGAUGGAUCAGCUUGGAAUAUACAGGAGAAGGAGGAUCAUGAAUAUUACAAUGAAAUUCCAGGAAAAGAACCUCCUACAGGUGGACUAUUAGACACGCGAAUAAAAGUGCAAACAGACCAAAGGGCAAACUGUCCCAUACAAUGUGAAAAGCAAUACUGUUUGGCUGGGGGCCCAAAAUGCAUCAACAUAUAUGAAAACUGUCCAGAAGAAAACAAAUCAGUGGGUAACUAUGGUGAAAGAUCACUGACGGCAAAAAAAGAUGUAUCCUUACUGAAACCUGCUUGCAAAAUGGAUCUUUUUGAUGACCCUUGUUACAUCAACACUCAGACCCUGCAAACUACAGCCUACACAGCUAGAGGUCUUGCAUCAGCCCCGAUCUAUGGGAGCCCGCUGUGUCAUGAGAAAUUGCCAGAAGCUGUUCAGCAGCGUGCCACAACCAACCUGGAUAGCGCAUGUGUUCUGCCACAAAUACAGCAACAGUUAAGGAAUGAAGAUUGUUACCAUGGGAAAUUAAACAGGAAAGCAGCAGAGACCCUCUUGGUCAACGAUGGGGAUUUUUUGGUGCGAGAGAGUGCAACAUCACCUGGUCAAUAUGUAUUGAGUGGAUUGCAAGGAGGGCAAGCAAAGCAUUUACUAUUGGUGGAUCCUGAAGGCAAGGUGAGAACCAAAGACCACGUAUUUGAUAGUGUGGGUCAUCUUAUUCGCUAUCACAUGGAAAAUAAUCUGCCAAUCAUCUCUUCUGGAAGUGAAGUGAGCUUGAAACAGCCAGUGAGAAAACAGAGUAACACAGGACACAUGCAAUACAACAAAUAACACUGUUGGAUCUCAAAAUUCCCACGGCAAUUCAUUUGUGAAAACUGCAUUGACUAUUCUUAAACUUCAUUACUACAAAGCCAACUCAAAAAGUAUAAACUGCACUUUUCAGCUGCUGUUAUGGAAGACUUCUUUUCAUGUGUAUGUAUGAAUAUAUGUAUAACUAUGUAGAUCUAUAGAGAUCAAUAUGCAUAGCUAUAUAUAUAGAUCUACAUAGUUAUACAUAUGUUCAUACACACACACACACACACACACACAUAUAUGUAUGUAUGUAUGUUAAUCUUAUCAAAAUGAAACCCCUGGAGAGUGAGAGAUCCAUUUGGGAAAAAAAAGACAUGCACAGAUAUCACUUUCAAGGUCAUACUGAAUCAGUAACUAUUUAAAAGCACAAUUAAAUUUGUACAUGGAAAAGCUCACUUGAACAAACUGCUGGGACAUUAUUACGGUAGUAUGUGCCUUCUAGUCAUGGAAUUAUUGGAAACAAAUAUUUAUAUUGGAUUAGUUUCAAGUGGGUACAUGAACAUAUGUAGGUUUAGAACUAUUUGCCAAAACAAAUGAUUUGAAUAUUACUAACAUGUCGCUUACAGUAGACACUAAUUUUAUUUCAUUUUGCUUAUAACAGCACUUUAAUAGCAAACAAUGUUUAAAAUUAAUUGCAUACACAAUACAGAAAGGUUGCCUGUUUUCUUAGUAACAAUCAGUUUUUUAAUCACUGUCUGACUGCUCAAAGAUUUGAGAUUAUGCAACAUUUACUAAACUGAAAUAAAGAUAUGUAAAUGAAGUGUAAUUUUGGAAUAGAAUGUGUCAAAGAGCAAGCAUGCUAGAUCCUAAUAUUUUUGUGUCUUGCAUAUAAUUUUACUAUGAUUGCCAACAAUUACUGGAAAUGUCUCUUUUUAAAACUAGGUUAAAUAUAUUUUUCAUUGAUUCCAUAGAUAUUUACAGAUUAGAGAAACUGAAUGAGACAAAUGAUACAUUUUGAGGGGGGAAAUAUUAAAAAAAAUAUUUGAAUUUUGCAUGUUCUAGAGAUUAUUGUACAAACUUUUUCCCAAAAUGAUGUGAUAUCUGCCCCUUGCUUACUUAGAUUCCAUUUGAUCAUAAACAUUGGAAAUGUCUUUUUAAGAAAAUAUAUUCUGUUUUGUCACAAUAAAUGCUUUAAUCUGAAUGAACCUGUAA